CAGAAGCCCCGCAUAAUGGACACGUGUCCAGUGGGCGGAUUCCACCAGAAACGCUUCUUCUUCUUCUUCAUAAAAGAAAUUAAGAAGGAAGCUAGCUACCUUUGAUCUUCUCUCAGGUGGUGUUGUGUGUGUUUAGGAGAGAGAGAUUGAGCUUUAAAAGAGUUAGCAAUGGAGCAUUCAGAAGAGGGCCAGACGCAACAGGGGGUCAUGGAUUAUGUUCCUCCUCGUGCUUAUCAGAGUGGAGGUCCCUCUUCUAUGGCGUUCCACCACCAUCACCAGCAGCUCCAACUUUUAUGGGCUACCCAAAUGCAAGAGAUCGGGCAGACCACAGACUUCAAGAACCACACCGUUCCGCUGGCUCAAAUUAAGAAGAUCAUGAAAGCCGAUGAAGAUGUGUGCAUGAUCUCAGCGGAGGCCCCAGUGAUCUUUGCCAAGGCAUGUGAGAUGUUCAUACUGGAGCUGGCACUGCGUUCUUGGACCCACACGGAGGAGAACAAGAGGAGGACCUUGCAGAAGAACGACAUAGCCACUGCCAUAUCAAGGACUGACGUCUUUGGUUUCUUGGUGGACAUUAUCCCCAAGGACGACCUGAAAGAAGAAGGGUUAGGGGUAACCAAACUGACCAUGCCAACGGUGGUCGAUUCUCCCCCAUACUAUUACUUGCAGCAGCAGCAAGGGGUGAUUCCCUGGGCACAGGGAAAUCUACAGUAACACCAUAAUGAUCAGUAGCCCUCCAAUAGUUUUUCUCUCCUUUCUAAGUUAAUAAAACUGGACUGCUCUUUUCAUCAAUCACUGCUGUAUGCUUUUUCCAUUUCUAUCAUAAUGGUUCAUAAUA